UAGACUUUGACAAAUUAACAUUAAAAUGAAUUCUAAAAGUUUCAAUUAUAAUUUUUAAUUGAAAAGUGAUUUGUGAUCGAACACGCUGAUACUAAUCUAAGAUUUACCAUGAACGGUUUGGCCCGAGGGCCGGGGCCCUGUGUCUCCCGCCGUGCAUUUCAAUUUAAUAAAGCACAAGUAUCAACAAAAUUAUAUAAACAAAAUACUAAAAAUCUUCCAGUUAAUAAUUUUUUUAAUCAAUUUUUUUCCUCAUCAUAUUCGCCAAUUGUUAAUUUUCUUCAAAGUGCUUCUGGAAUUUUAACAUUAACAAAAGGCGAAGACAAGCAGAGGUUUUUGGGCCCGCAAUUAGCGGUUGCCCUUAUUUUUUCGUCUGCAUGGAGUCAAUGAGACGUAGUGAGGCGGAUAAUAGCCACCACCCGAAUAAGGUGGCCGUUAACAGCGUAGUAACGGAAAGCAAUAAUAAAUCGAGUGGUAGUGGUUCAGUAAAUAACAAUACAAAAAUAAGUUAUAGUUUACAACAACAGCACGUUAAAGCACAAUUAGCAUCAACUAUUUUACAUAAACCAACACAUUUAACAACAAAAGACAUAAACACGAAAGUGAUUUCGACUUCCUCGUCUGGAUCGUCGACACCACAAUCGUCAACUUCGUCAAAUCAAAAUACUUCAAGUGCGACUGCAACUCCCUCUUCAACAUCGUCAACAUCCAGUGAAUCGAAAGACACAAACUUUGAAUACGACGAUAACGAGUGGGACGUAGGUGGUAUUGGCGAUCUUAUAAUUGAUUUGGAUGCUGAUAUUGAAAAAUCGGCAUCAACAACUGCAUCAGCUGCUCAACAACAAAGUUCCAAUUGUCCAACAACUGAUGUGAAUUCUCAAAAUAAGUCCCAAAAUAUAAAUAAAAGCUCGACUAUUACAAAUUCUGUAACCGAAAAUAUUAAUAAAUUAAGUGGUGGCAAUAUUAAUAGUGGUCCGCAAAUACAAACUGAUAGUAAUAUAAAUGCAAACGACCAAUCACAAUCUGGGCCAGCUUGUUCAUCAUUUUCUUCGUCGACCUCAUUGUCAUCGCGUAGUAACUCAUCGAAUUCUCUUUCAUCAUCUUCAUCAGCAACAUCAACAUCAGCAACCACAUCUCCCAUUAAACCAAAUCAAUCAUCAGUUAUCGGUUCUAAACCGAUUCCUCACUCAACAGCUCAGGGAAGUAUUUUACAAAAAUCCCUUCAAGCUCCAAAUAAUUCUGGAAAUAUUUCAAAUACCUCGUCAAUAUUGGCGCCAUCAAUAUUGGAAAAUUCUAAAAUUGAGAGUAACGAUACAGUGAAACGUUCUCAGCUUCCUCAAAUUGCAAAUUCUAAUUCCAUUCAGAAUUCGCAUCAAAAUUUAAAGCUGGAACAACCGUCUUUACUAGCUCAAUUAAACAAUAAAACUUCUCUUCCAAUUGAUAGUUCAAAUACAGGAAAUAUACAAGUAAACCCAUCUGGGCUAGAUACUACUUCAGCUGUACAAAAUUGUGCUGCAAAAAAGAAAAGCGUCUUAUUAGAGGAUAACAAAAAGUCUGUUUUUUUAACCAGUAAUUCUGAUAACUUGAAUCCAGUAUCUCCUGUAAAUUUGGGACACGUUAACACGCAAUUAGGAAUAAGUGUUGACUCAUCGAAUUGUAAUAAAUUAUAUCCGAUUGGGGUACAAUCUACUAGUACCAGUACCAGCAGUAGCAGCAUGUCAUCACAACCCAGUGGUGCACAAGGAGGGGCUGGUAAAUCAGCUACAAAAAUGUCAAUUGAUCACCAAGCGACAUUGGACAAAGGUCUCAAAAUGAAAAUCAAAAGAACCAAACCAGGUACUAAAACAUCUGAAGCAAAACAUGAAAUAGUUAAAGCGGAGCAAAAUGGUACAUCAACGGGUUUAGAUGGCGACAAUGCAACUUCUGGGCAACAAAAUUCUCUUUUACAAAAUAUAAAUUCAUCAGUUGGCGGUAAUUCUGGUUCCACUGCCAACAAUAAACCUAAACAUAAUAAUCAAAUAAAUCCAUCCGGUCCUGUUGUGUCAUCUCAACCGCCAUCGCAAUUAUCUUCUGUUCCGUCACCAAAUUCCGCAGCUAAUAAACGUGGUAAUAGUGGUCACAGACGGGAUAAAAUCCGCGAGAAACAACCACAUUCCAGAGAAAAAUCUGAGCAUAAUAGCAAUAAUAGUAACAAUAGCAAUAGCAAUAGCAGUAAUUCUUCAACUACUAGUAGCUUGUCUAAUAAUUCGUCAAAUAACGAUCGUCCCCCUCCGUCUACAGUUUCUGGAGCAGUGGGUUCAGCUAUUGCAUGUAGUUGUGCUAUUGAGAUUAACGGCGGCAGUGCUACAAGUAUACAAACAAAUUGUGGAAGUUCAAAUUGUAUACGCAAUCGAGCCAAUUCUAACAACAACAUAGAUCAAUCACUAUCGAACCGAUUGGCUGGACAAGUGCAGUCAAAUAAUUUGAACGCACAAAAUGUUAGUUCCACUGGACUAAGUAAUAACAAUAGCAGUAAUUCUUUAGGACCUUUUAAUACUUCAACCAGUUCCGGAGGUAACUCUAAUGUAAAUAACACUACAUCUGCUGCAAAUAGCACGCCAAAUGCACCGGGACCGCCAGUAAAAGAUAAUAAAUCAAAUAUUUCCAAUAACAAUGGAACAUUAUCACAGCAGUCGCAACCACUACAACAGUCGCAACAGUCGCAGCAACUGCAACAGCAACAAACUUCAAAUCAAAUGCAAAAUUUAAGCACAAAUAAUUCCCAACCGCUCUCGAAUAAUGCUAAUAAUAGUACCGUUAAUUCAAGUGGCGUUAAUGCUAGCGGUCAGCAACAAAAUUCCUUAAAUUUAAAAAAUAGUGGUAGCGGAAAUAUAUCAGCCACUGUACAUCAUACGAUAUCUGUUGCAUCAAACUCUCCAUUAGCAACUGGAGUAAAAAUUAAUUGUGAUGAUGGAACUCAAAGUCCUCCAACAAAACGUAUAAAAACUGAACCUAAAGAUAUGGUUGAUGUCUGUAUUGGAACGUCUGUUGGAACCAUCACUGAACCUGAUUGUUUAGGUCCGUGUGAACCAGGUACAUCGGUUACUUUAGAAGGUAUUGUUUGGCAUGAGACCGAAGGCGGAGUGCUUGUGGUAAAUGUAACGUGGCGAGGUAAAACUUAUGUUGGCACACUGCUAGAUUGCACAAGACAUGAUUGGGCACCGCCAAGGUUCUGUGAUUCUCCUACCGAAGAAUUAGAUUCUCGGACUCCCAAAGGACGCGCGAAACGUGGUCGCAGUGCCAAUUUAGCACCAGAUUUAAGUAAUUUUACGGAGACGCGAAGUUCGGUGCACUCAAAAUUACGGAAUGGUGGGACAAAAGGCCGCGGUAAUCGUACUACUGCAGCGGGAACAACAGCCAUAACAACAGCGACUUCUACUACUACAACGGCUGGUAGUAAUGGCAAUACAUUGUUAUCAACUACAACAGUUACAAAUGCUAGUGGCAUUCCAAUUAGUUCGACUACAUCUAACACAUGUAAUACACCGUCACAGUCUCCUACAGGAUUUUUGCCACCAAGAUCUGAAAAACGUAAAUCUAAAGAUGAAAGUCCUAGUCCAGUUAAUGGGGAAUCAGCUGCAUUAAACACUGAAACCUCCCAAAAUGGCGGUAGUAAUGGUCAAUCUACUCAAAUCAUAGUUAAUCCAAUAACUGGAUUAAAUGUUCAGAUAUCAAAUAAAAAGUGUAAGACUGCCUCGCCUUGUGCGAUUUCUCCUGUUCUUUUGGAAUGUCCAGAACAAGACUGCAAUAAAAAAUAUAAACAUGCAAAUGGUUUAAGAUAUCAUCAGAGUCACGCUCAUGGUUCUAGUAACUCAAUGGAUGAAGAUUCAUCAACACUUCCUGAAUCUCCAAUUCGUGCAGCGCCUCCAACCACUCCAUCACCAGCACCAUCUUGCACUCCCCCGGCGCAACAAAAUAACCCUUCAAAUACACAAAGCAAUGGAAUUGAAACGAAUGCACCGGUCCCAAUGACUACCGCUUCCAUUAGUGUUAAUCCGACAACAGCUACACUAACUCCCACCACCUCAGCUAUGGUGACAACAUCACAAUCUGCGACAUCCGCAGUAAUGACCACGGGUAGUGUUUCAAGUACUGCGUCCAUUAUGAGUACAACAAUUUCUGCAGGAUCAUCACCAAGCGCGCCUAAUUUACCGUCGCUUGGUACUGGUUCACACAUGACUCCAAUUUCAGCUACUCCAUUAAUACCCAGUAUACAGUCACAAAGUAUAACUCAGCAUACUGCGGCAGGUGGAAGCAUCACCGCUGGAGUUUCAAAUCAGGCUCUCUCUGCUCAACAACACCAGCAGCAUCUUCAGCAACAACAAUUACAACAACCAGCUCCCCAAGCACACAGUUUAUUAGUGGGAGUACAAAACCCUGUUUCAUCAGUGCCAAAUCAAAGUGGCUUAAUGACAAACAGUCAAAUUUUGACCGACCAACAAAUUACUGGGCAAGGUAAUACGCAGCUGCUACAGCAGCCACCACCAAAUCUGCAUAGCGGUCUAGUAACACCUACUCGGGGAGAGCCACCAAUUAAACCGGGCGUUCUUAGAUUUGUGCCUCCAACAGACGGAAGUAAUUCUACCAAUUUGUCAAAUCAGCAGAGUCCAAUGAGACCAACAAACAUGGGGUCAUUGAAUGCAAGUAGCGUCCAGGAAUCAAAUACAUAUAGCCAAACACAAAACCAGCAAGGUAUUUCGGUUAACAAAAGUCAGAACUUUAACAAACAAAAGAAAAAUCGCAAAUCUCCUGUACCAGGUGAAUUCGAUUCAAAUGCAUCAAGAGAUGACGCGCACAGUCCAGCAUACAGUGAUAUUUCUGAUGAUUCUCCUUCAGCUGAAAAUGAUUUAACAGUGGAAAAAUCGAAAACUUCGCAACUUUCAGAAAUUGGGAAAAAACCACAGGAAACCAGUGCUCCGCCUCAAAUUCCUGCUUUGGGCGGCUAUAGUAUGUACCAAUUCUACGCUCAGCAGCCGUAUAUGGUACCGCCACAGUCUGAUCAUUCAAAUGGACCCCCAGUUCCUUCAAAACUGCCCACAUCACAAGCUUCUGUGACGACAGCUCCAAGUAUUUCUACAGAAUUUAACAAAAAUAAGGAUCCGCCAUUGGAUUUAAUAUCGAAAUCAAUUAAUAAUAACGAUCCGCCACCUAAAGAAAUUUUGACUAGCAAUACACCAGGACAACCAAUUGGUAUUGGACCGGGACCCCCAGGAAAGCCGAUUCCACACUUCUAUCCAUUCAAUUACAUGCCACCUGGAUAUCCUUAUAACGUGGAUCCAAAUUAUGGUCCAGUACAAAUGGUUUCUGAUGAUAGUAAAAUUGGACCGGGUCCUCCAACACAACCUCCUCCUUUGAAAGACGAUCGUACUAAAGAAAGCCCAAGUCCUCAUGGUCUUCAUGAUGUUUCCAAAAUUUCUGGACAGCCGCCACAAAUGAUUCCGAACAAGAUUUUGAACCAACCUAAAGAACAACAAUUGAAGGACAUGAACAAAGAACAAAAUAACCAUGGAUUGCAUUCAAAAGAGCCACCAGUUCAAUCGUUAGGAGGAUAUCCUGGAAUAUACCAAAGGCAUCCUAGUUUGGGGAUUCCACAACAGUCAGUUCAACAAUCACACUUGUCAAGAGAUGAAGAUCUAAGAAGGUAUUAUAUAUAUCCUGAUCAACGGAGAUCAAACCCGCCACCACAAAAUCCAUCAAUUACAAAUAUUAAGGAAGAGCCUCCUUCCCCACAGCCUGGUCAAAAUAUGCAUCAUCCUUCACAACAAAGUCAACAGCAACAUCAGCAACAACAACAGCAGCAGCAACAACAACAGCAGCAACAAUCCCAACAAUUGUCGCAAUCACCUCAGCAAAUCCAACCACAAAACAGUGGGCCAACAAAGUCUACAAAGCCGACUCUGCAACAAUCUUCAAUGGCAAGUAAUAACCAAAAACCUACAAAUCUUAUAAAAGACAUUAAAGAAGAGAAAGACGUAAAAGUGAAACAAGAAGGUCAGAAGCCAACAAUGGAAACACAAGGUCCUCCGCCUCCUCCAACUUCACAAUAUUUUUUACAUUCCCCAUAUAUUGGUCCGGGACCUUUUGGUUUUGAUCCUAAUCAUCCAAUGUAUCGUAACGUCUUAAUGUCAACCACACCUUACAACGCUCCAUAUCAUUUACCAAUGGCAAGAUUUCAUGCAGCCGAAGAUUUAUCACGAAAUUCCAAUACCAAAGCCUUAGAUGCACUUCAUCAUGCUGCGAGUCAAUAUUACACUACACAUAAAAUUCAUGAGUUAAGUGAAAGAGCAAUAAAAAGUCCAACAAGCAAUAGUGGAAAUACUGGUAGUGUAGGUGCGAAUCCUAAAGUAAGUAAUGUUUCUAGUCCCAAUGUACCACAACCUGGAACGGGUACGAGUGGUAUAUCCGUUAGUGGCCCAAACAGCGUUAAUGUAGGGGGACCUAAUGGCCCAAAUGGACCUCAGUCCGGUCUUUUACCACCUUCUAACGUAGGUGGUGGUACUCCAAUUCAUUUACAAUCAUCAGGUGGUCCUGGAGGAUCAAUAAAUAAUUUAAGUGGUCCAGGCGUUCCACCACCAAUGAAUAAGGGUGAUACGGGAAAAUCAAAUGUAGAUCCAUCAGUUGGAAAGCAAAUGAGUGGCGGACCAUCUCCUGGUGGCAUGGGUGGACCUGGUAGUUUGGGAGGUCCAGGCGCACCUGAUAGUCGCAGCCCACCACCACAAAGACAUGUUCAUACGCAUCACCAUACCCACGUUGGAUUAGGAUACCCGAUGUACCCGGCGCCAUAUGGAGCUGCUGUUCUAGCUAGCCAACAGGCUGCCGCUGUAGCUGUGAUAAACCCAUUUCCUCCUGGCCCUGCUAAAUGAGAUCAGUUAAACGAUAAAAACCCAUAUAUGAAGUGACUAAAUUAAAAUAAAACAUAAAAUUUUUAUUUAAAUUCAAAGCAACUUUUAAAAGUGUAAAAUAAGAAAACGAACUUUCAAAGAAUGUGCUAAAUACAAAUGAUUUAUUAAUUGUGAACUAUUGAAAAUAUAAAACUUCAAUUUAGAAUAAAACGUAUAAAAUGUUGAACAAAAAAACAAUUUAAAAUGCAGAACAAAAUGAAAUUUAGUUUUUAAAGAAAUUUAUUCCUACUAAAAGUAUUAAAAAAAUAUUAAUCAAAAAAUUAAAAUAAAAAUGAGUUGAAUUAUAAUUUUUGAAAAUUUAAUAAACAAUACGUGCUAAAAUUUAAAAUAUGAAUUGGCAGUGUGAUGGUCAUUAUGAUAUGAUCAAAAGAACUUAAACAUAUUAAAAAAUUACGAAACACAAUAAUGAUUUCAUUAAAUCAUCUAAAAUUUAGAUUAAAUAAAAUGAUAAAUUUAAUAACUAUCAUUAAAAUUGAAAGACUUAUUCCGAAAUCUAUAGGAGUUUAAAAGAAUGCAUCGAUAAGCAUUGUUUGCUUCAGGGUUUUUAUUGUUUCAACCGAAAUUGAUUAAAAAAUAUUUAAAAUGCAAAAGUAAUAUAUAAAUUAUUUUUAAUAUUUUUAAUAGACAUUAUAAAGAUUGUAUUAAAUUUAGUGACUAAUUAAUUUAUUAAGAAAAAAAAAAUAAGGAAAUGAAAAUACUAUUAAUUACAAAAUAAAUUUUUUAUUCGAUAAUAUUAUAAAUAUUUAGACUAUUUUAGAAGAAUAUUUUUUAUUAUUAUAAAAAAAAAAAGAAAAAAAUAGAUAAUU